AUGGAGCGGGAUUGUGUCACAAGGCUGGUACACUUGUCCCGAGGCAUGCAGCUCCAGCUGGUCAGGCUGUUGUGGCAUUUACGAGAUGUUUGCCGCCUCUUCAUGUGCCAGGUCGAGCAUCGGCAUCGACAGCACCGGUCAUGCGAAGUGACGAGGUCGGAUUCCCCACAGCAACGCCAAGACUCACGAGCCACAACCCAGUACGAAGACAGUGCAUGUGGUGCCAGAGAGCGCCUACAUCACCUUCUGUCGCUUGUCGAGCAGCUGAAUACCGGCGCAGCUCCGAGGAGACUAAGACUAGUCGGAAGGAAUAAGGGCGACCAAAUGUUCGUGAAUUCGCAUGAGCGGAGUCCCGGAGUCCGAAGACAGGAACACGUGCGUGACCAAGAGUCUAGCAGUUUAGCAGGCGGCAUCAGCAAUGGCAUCGUUUUUUUCCGAUCGUUACUCGGCCGCGCCUCGCAGUGGCGAAAGCAGAGAGAACUAAGGUACUCGUAUCAUCUCCAAUUUAUAGACGAAAUCUGA